ACUAGAGUACUACAGUUGUACAAGAGACCACGGAUCCAGGAUUUUUUGCUAUUUUAAAUCUCAACCAACGUGCACAAUGACCGAUCUGUAUUUAUCUGAGCCGCGGUUAAGCACGUUGUGUCCAUCGCCGGCCGACGUGGCACGUUUCGUGCCCUUCGCCUGCAACCAGCUGCAGGCACCUUUCAUGGUCAAGGUUCUUGUGAAGACUCAAGACGAAUAUGUGAGCAAAACAGAAGAGAAAAACAGGAAAAUGAACAAAUUCAAGCCAGCCAUCCAGCAUAAUACUUCCAACGAGUCUCAAAGCAAGGUUUCAGUGCCUACUCCACCACUCAACGUUUACGCUGACCGGCACGUGAUCCUCAUCAUAGCUAUGACCGACGUGGUCGGUCACCUAGUUGAACUCAUCUUUUGUCGCUGUCCGGAUAUUCCGCGGCUUCUCAUCAAGAUUAUAGGGAUGUGCGUUCCCUUUCAUCCCUACUUGAACAAGCUAACACUGCGAUGGGGGCCACUCACCGGCCCCACUCUCUAUGAAGUAGCGAAGCUAAUGCCUCUGUCAAACAUUACCGAACUGAACCUCGACGACUCGCCUGUCGCUGAAUGUAAUUAUUAUAUGUUGCUAGUGGAAGAAACACGGUUACGGUACCUGUCACUGGGGAGGUGCAACAUAGACGAUAACAACUGUGUACUUAUUGCCUCAAAACUGAUCCACCCACUACCUGCCGCGAGGACCCUCGUGAUACUCUCGCUUGCUUCUAACUUUAUAUCUGACGUCGGUGCUUGUGCACUAGGUGAAGCUUUGAGAAGUAAUCGCUCCCUGCAAUAUCUCAAUCUUUCCGGUAAUCAGAUCGGCCACACUGGCGCUGCGAGUAUACUUAGUAGCCUUAUGGAGUUCCCAUUAACAUGUGAUGAACUGGUAACGAAAAGGCAGAGACUUAUGAAGUAUUUCAAAACAAAACAGGAGGUAUAUGCAAAGUGCUAUAAAGAGCUAAUGACGACCCUGGAACGAUCGCACGACGAAUACAGCCGCAGUGGAAAACGGAAAACGAUAGUGGCGACGCGCGGGAAGAAAUCGAGUAUAACGAGUGCAUUCACUACGACUGGCAUAAGCACAUUCGAUCCCAUCGCGCUAAGGGCUGAGCUGAUGUCUGCCGAGCUGGUCGGUAACUAUACGGACCCGUUCACAACCGAGGAGACAGUUUGCCACGAUAAUCAUGUUCACUGCGUGGGCAACACGACGCUGUGCUAUUUAAACUUGGAAUACAACCAGCUGAGUUAUUUGAGCACAGUUAAACUACUGGAGGUGGUGAAGUACCAGAGCCAGCUGGCACAGAAGGCAGCUGCGGGGUUGUUGCGUGUGCAACUGGCCGGCAAUCCACUGCCUAUUGGCUGCUACGAGCUGGACACUGUGCAAGACCUGCUCGACAAGGCCGUACUCUGCAGGAUCAGUAAGCAGCAGAAGCGGUCCGAGCGAUCCGUGCGUUCCGUGAAGUCUAAAUGAUUAGUCUCUGAAUGUUUCUACAACGCUUAAGUAAUUUUUA